AUGGGGCGGGUGGAGCUGCAGCGCCAAGCCUCCCAUUGACAAUAGGCCCACAGAAUCCCAUGCAGAGAGAAGCCAGUGCUGACAGGCAGAAAACGUUUCUCCUGUCAGUGUCUUCACUCACCAAAACCAUUCGCCCAAAUCGCCUCCCUCCAGGCAAAAGCUCCGCCUAUCCUCUCCUGGCCGCCCGCAGCCAUGCUCAACCGGCUCCCUCCCCUCGUGUCAUACAAACGCACUGACCUCGGGCUGUAUUAAGCUCCACCCCUGGAUCGUGAUAAGCUCCGCCCCCUGGUUGAUCUGCAGCUGUGCACCCUCAGACUGCCUGAAGCCAUGCUCACUUGCCAGUUGCCAUCUGAACCUUCUGUCCCCAGACCACUAUAAGCUCUGUCCUCUGCUCCACUCAUUAUGCACCGAGUCACCCCUAAACCUGGGGUCGCCUGAAGCUCCGCCCCCAGACUGUGAUAUGCUCCGCCUCCUGAUCAGUCAGCAACAUACUAUGUCCUUUCAUUUGCAGUCCUGUCCAUUCAGCUGCUGCCAGUCUUGUUAUUGCAGACAUUUAAAUAUGCCACCACCCAGUGCUGUGCAAUGUUCUGCAGCUGCUGUCUGUCACUGGUCUAGGCUUUAGAGCAGAGGUGUUAAACUCACGUCCUCUACUGCAUCCUGUUGUGGCCCACGGGCAGGGGUACUUUUGUGGCCCGUUGUCAGUGGUUAACUUGGGCCAGAACGGCGCUGAACUGCGUCCCUGUCAUUUCACCUCCAUCCACCCACAGUGACAUUGCCCUGCUGUCUGCACCCCCUCCAGCACCCAUAGACAUAGAGUCAUGGCCAAGGUCGGUGUGAAGCAGGGAGCCGCGGAGCCCUGACAGACAGCCGCAGCCCUGACGCCAGAGUCCUUCAAGCUGGAGCCCUGACCCCUGAAGCAGCAUGUCCACGAAGGAGCAUCCUGCUAAUGUAUUCUAUAGAAAGAAAACACUAAAGGUCUUUGACUGAAGAAACAAUGGGCCAGGAUUCCAAUGUGAUGCGGGCAAUACUCUUAGAUAGGUGACCGUAUCUUUGCACAAAUUGGAUUUUAUUAAUAGACUGCAAAGUGCCCGCAUGGAUGCGAAGGAAGCAGAGGAGCUGGGCAGGCCCCAGCCAGUAACACUUCAGGCCUUUGCAAGUGGCUCCACAUUGCAUGGCAUUUCUCACAUCUUCUCCUAUGAGCGCUUCUCAUGUCGGCGGAUGAUCUGGGUACUCUGUUUCCUGGGUUCCUUGUCAUUUCUGCUGUUAGUCUGCACCGAGAGGAUCAUCUAUUAUUUUGGCUACCCACAUGUCACUAAACUGGAUGAAAUUGCAACAGCUAGGAUGACCUUUCCAGCUGUGACCUUCUGCAACCUCAAUGAGUUCCGCUUCAGCCGAGUGUCAAAGAAUGACCUUUACCAUGCGGGGGAGCUACUGAGCCUACUCAACAACCGCUAUGAGCUUCCGGACUCUCACCUUGCAGAUGAGAAAGUCAUGGAAAUCUUACAAGAUAAAGCCAACUUCCGCAACUUUAAACCAAAACCGUUCAAUAUGAAAGAGUUCUAUGACCGAACCGGACAUGACAUCAAUGAGAUGCUCCUGAGCUGCAAGUACCGGGGAGAAGAAUGUGGUCCCGACAGCUUUGUUCCGGUCUUUACAAGAUAUGGCAAGUGUUACACCUUUAACUCGGGCCAGAAUGGACGAACUCCCUUAAUUACUACUAAGGGUGGCACAGGAAAUGGCUUAGAGCUAAUGCUGGAUAUUCAACAAGAUGAAUAUUUGCCGGUCUGGGGAGAAACAGAUGAGACCUCCUUUGAGGCCGGAAUCAAGGUUCAGAUUCAUAGUCAAGAUGAACCUCCUUUCAUUGACCAACUAGGAUUUGGUGUUCCACCUGGUUUCCAGACAUUCGUAUCUUGCCAAGAGCAACGACUCACAUACCUGCCCCCACCAUGGGGAGUCUGCAAAGGAGGCACCAUGGACUCUGAAUUCUUCGACACAUACAGUAUUUCUGCAUGUCGGAUCGACUGCGAGACACGUUACCUGGUGGAAAACUGCAACUGUCGCAUGGUGCAUAUGCCAGGAGAUGCUGCAUACUGCACCCCAGAGCUGUACAAGGAAUGUGCGGACCCUGCACUGGAUUUCCUGGUGGAAAAGGAUAAUGACUACUGUGUAUGUGAGACACCAUGUAACAUGACACGCUUUGGGAAGGAGCUGUCCAUGGUGAAAAUCCCCAGCAAAGCUUCAGCACGGUAUCUGGCCAAGAAAUAUAACAAAAGCGAGCAGUAUAUAGCGGAGAAUAUUUUGGUUCUGGAUAUUUUCUUUGAAGCACUAAACUAUGAAACUAUUGAACAGAAGAAAGAAUAUGAGGUGCCGGGACUUCUUGGGGAUAUUGGGGGACAGAUGGGCCUGUUUAUUGGAGCGAGUAUCCUAACAGUUCUUGAACUCUUUGACUAUGUCUAUGAGGUUUUGAGAUACAAGCUGUGUGGAGGCGCAAAAUGUGGGAAAGACUCAAAACGCAAUAAUAAUGACAAGGGGGUGACAUUAAGUAUGGAUGAUGUCAAGCGUCAUGCUCCGUGUGAAGGUGUGAGAGGGCACCCAGCAGGAAUGAGCUACACAGCUAACAUUCUCCCCCACCACGCCGUUCGUGGAGCAUUUGAAGACUUCACAUGCUGAGACCACAUCCUGAAACAGCUGAGAGAGCAAAAUCAUCUUCUGAAAGUAACAAGAGCAAAUGAGAAGUGGACAUGAGAGCACAAGAGCAGGAUGAAAAUCUACAUAACCAAAAAUGGCUUCAUCGUAAUUCAAGAACAACUGUGUAAUGAGAACUUGAAUGUGCCCUGAGAGUGUGAGAGAACUAUUCUUGAUAAGCCGCAAAAGAUCGACUGAGAAUCAGUCUCAUCCCCUCCUCCUCCCCGUGACACAGAAAACUUGCUAAUGACAAGAGGAAAUAUCUGGGCAAUACUCAUAUCUUAGAAGCCAGUUUUUAAUAGUCAGACGUAUUCAACAUGUAUCAAAGACACAUAUCCCCAAACCAGAGAUAUUUCAAAAUGGAAGUGUGUAUUGAGAAAGAUAACAUAAACGCAUCUUUAUCCCAGAGAUUCAUACGGUAUUCAUUACUGCAACAGAAAACACAACUAAGGAAGAUGAUGGCACCAUUUACUUAACUGGUGUGUUAAACUACACAGGUUCACAUGUAAAAAAGUACAGGAUGCCAUAUCACUAAUACAGGGAUAAACCGUUUAAGCAGCACGCACUGAGCCAAAUCCACAGGAGAGCCAACAGAGUGGGCAUAAUGCAACAUCUGGAUCACUGACUAUGACAAAAGCAAUUGGUUGGGAUAGGAUACAAAUCAAAAUACAUGAUCGCUGCCUUCUGGAAGCAACAGAACACACAGCAGAACAAUUACAGAAAAGCACUGGAAGAAGAAAGGAAGCCGAAAAGGAAACAUUAUUUUAUCUGUCCGAUAUAAAUCCUAAACAAUUCCAAAGUGCAGCCUAUGAGGUAGUCACUGAGCUGACAUAAUCUUCUAUGUAAUAUAGAUAAUAGUACAGAAUGAGCAGAAACACUAAAUGAUAUUAUAUCUGUUUACCAACAUCUAAGCAAAUGGUCAGUGCACUGCAGAUACUUGUCUCCUAAAUCUAAUGGAAGAUUCCAUAUAUAUAUAUAUAUAUAUAUAUAUAUAAUAUAUAUAUAUAUAUAUAUAUAUAUAUAAAGUUCCAAUAGUCCAUCAUUGUGAAUCCUCAUGUUUCAUGACAGAAAGUUAUCUCCCCCUGUAGUACAUGAUAAGGUAAUCUUACAUGAUAAGGUUAUCAUCUAUGCUGCAGAAAGGGGUGAGGAUGCCGUUACACCCACGGUCUUCCCUACAUUUGAAUGACACCUGACUGAGAAUACCAACCAUAAUCCUCAGUGGGUUGCGUUCUGUAAUUUCAUGUUUAUUUGGGGAUUUAUUUUUCACAGAAUAAGGUAGAUAUUAUCUAUAUACUCCAAUAUUAGCUAGGUAUCGCCAAUUAGUCUUAUAUUAUUAGGGGAUUCUGUGUAAUUUACCUACUCCUGCUAAUGACAGCAUACAUGCACUCUCCUGAUGGGUGUCAAUCUCCACUCAUGUAUGGGAUGGUCGGAGGUCUGUUCUAAUCUUCAUGUGUGUCUUCCUAUUAAUUGAACCUAGAUUUUUUUCUGUCAAAAUUGAUUACCUCGCUGAUCCCGAUACAGAAGUGUCUUCCCAUAAAUUGCCGCAGUUCCCUUAUUACCAGAGAUAUUUCCUUGUUAAUCCUAGGUGGUUGGUACCAAUGGCCAUUGGGCUAUUUCCCUAUUGUGUGCUCUCCCUGGUUGUACAAGAUUUCGCUCUCUGUCUCUUGCCUCUCAGUUUCCCGAUACUGUGAAGUGUACAUUCCCCAGUAUUCCGGAAGUGACAAAACACCUUAAACUGUGACGUUCACUGAAGUUAGAUUAUUGACAUCCGUGGCGUUGUCAGUACUCUGUGAAUGUGAACUGUCAGAUUAGGGUAAUCCUAGGUCAUUUACAACAGCAGGUUGAAUGAAUGGAGAUAAUAGUGUUGAUGAUUCCAGACCAAUCAAUCACUUCCAGUUUUCCAUCCCGUAGAAAUAGCUGAUGAUUGUUGAACAAAGUGGCCUUGGAGCCCGACCUUGGGGUGCUACAAAGUAUUACUACUUCGGUACUUUAAAAGACUCUUAAAGAGGGGAACGGACAUAACUUUAUAUGUGUUUACUAUCCAUGGUCACAUUGAUUGUACUAUGAGAAGACAGUGUGAACCCAUGCCAGAAUCCAGACCUAAUGUACCCCAGAAAGGUGACCUGAAUCUUUUACCCUUGGAGGAUUGAUCACUGUGAUGGUAAUGUGGCAGACACUGACCACCCUGGGGAUAAGAAACGUGGAUCAGCGGCUGCAGACCUCGACCGCUGCUGCUCGGUGAACUCAGAAAUGAUUAUUUAGAAGCCUGGGACUUCUCUUGUGACUAGGAACCUUCAAUUUGCCUUUCUUUAUGCCAUUCUCAUCACUGGAACCUCCUCACCCCAUACCAAGUGUAAAUCGAUACAAUCCCACCAAAACAUUAUACUGUAUACACAUGUUCUUUAUAUAUCUGAUUGAUAAGUAUUCCCAUAAAAACAUAUCACUAGUUAAAGAUGAUAUUUCCAGACAUUAAAGAACUACAUAUCACAGCAUAACUCAACAGCUGGGAAGCCACAGAUUCCCUGUGCCUGGUCUGGUGCCAUGUCUAAAAUGAUUACAAUGUUAUCACAGAAGAAAUGUCUUUGAGAUUCAACAAAUAUAUCAUCAGUUUAGAUGAGGCUAUUUAAUAGGAAUGGCAGCUACUGUUUCUAAACUAGCUUUUAAUUGGCUAUGGCAGAUUAUUCAUGAUGGUCACUUUCUUAGGCCCAGAUAAUAGCAAUACACCACUGUUGCUGCAUGUGCUACAUGGGCAGCCCUGCCCCUCCCCCACAGCAAAUGAUAACAAUUAUUCAUGACACCACCAACAUCUUUGCUACACUUUUGGCUUAAUUAUCAGUUUUCACAGAACAUGAUUUUUUUCGCCAGUGUCACUGGCACAAAAAUCCUCAUAAGACUUUAUAAGACAAUGCAUCCUUAUUCAAAUAAGUAACAUGUAGUCAUCAUUUAUUUAACGGGCAAACAAAAAGUAUUCCCAAAACUAAUAACCAUUUAGAUAAAGUAGACUUAUGACUAAGGGUAGAGAUGUUUUUAUUUUUAAUCUUUUUAUUUCAAUAAAAAGAUACUAACAAACAUAGGGCAUAUUCAACAAGGGCCUAAAUGCAGGGCCUGGUUUUACCACUACCGCUAGGUGUGCCACUGUCAUCUCUCUGCAUAUACUGAGGCCCAACCACUUACAGUACUGUCCGUAUUGUGGUUCAUUUUAGAAGUUCCCUGUAUUGGGAUGAACACUACUCAAUUAAUUAAAAUCAGACCUUGGUAUUUUGAUCACCUCAUGUCGGCAAAUUGGUUUCUCUACCUCUCACAAGAUCAGGGCAUGAAUAAAGGAGCUUUUACCCCACAUAUUUAAUUAGCAAACGACAUGGUACUGUGGAGACGCACUAACCAGUUCAGGACAAAACAGAACCUCAGACAGUAAUUCACCUAGUAAGUGACAUCCUACACACAUACACAGACGUCCAUCCUGUGAGUCAGUCAGUAUAACCAUACAGGAAUAGCUGUCAAAAUCAUUUCUUCACGUGGCCUAACUUAAACAUUUCCUGAAAAACUGUGUGUAAAUGCGAAUAUGUAUGUGUUUAUGCAGAGUGUGUUUAUUUGGGGUAAUUUAAAGAGGAGUCUCUGUUUUUAGUUCAUUAUUUUAUAAUUCUUUUUUAUAUUUUUCCAUCACUUAUAAAUAUAUGAAUAGAUGAAAUCAGUGUAUAUGUAUAUAUAUAUAUGUAUAAAAUUCAGUGUAUAUAAUCUCGGGUUGGGAUUGGGGGGCGCUGCUCCAUGAUUUCCUGUGAAGAAUGAUAACUACACAGGAAUAUAUGUACAUUACAUACUGAGCACAAAAUGGUAAAGCAAUGUAUACUCAGAACUGAUAUAAAGGACGAUAUUACUAUGGAAAA